AUGAGGAAGGCGCUUGAUGGCUGGAACGGCGGCGUUACGGUGGGCGGUACGAAGAUCACGAACCUAAGAUAUGCCGAUGAUACAACAAUCCUUGCAGCCAGCGAGACCGAGAUGGCUGCGAUCUUGGAGCGAAUAGAGAGAGUGAGCCUUGAAUUUGGCCUGCACAUAAACCGCUCUAAGACCAAAGUGAUGACGGUGGACAGAGCUCAAGUUUUAAGUCCAUCAAAUGCACUCAAGGAUUAUGAGAAAGUGGAGGAAUUUAUAUACUUGGGGUCGCUGAUCUCUAACCGUGGUAACUGCGAGAAAGAAAUCGGACGCCGUAUCGGGAUGGCUAAAAGUGCCAUGACUAGCCUCGAUAAAAUCUGGAAAGACCUGACAGCUAAAAUUAGAAAUAACGACACUGCUAAUCCACAGAUAAACUAA